GGGAUUCAUUUUUUCUCAAUCAACAAGAAUGCCUCAACUGGAUAAAUUCACUUAUUUUACACAAUUCUUCUGGUUAUGCCUUUUCUUCUUUACUUUCUAUAUUUUCAUAUGCAAUGAUGGAGAUGGAGUACUUGGGAUCAACAGAAUUCUAAAACUACGAAACCAACUGGUUUCACACCGGGGGAACAACAUCCGGAGCAACGACCCUAACCGUUUGGAAGAUCUCUUGAUAAAAGGUUUUAGCACCGGUGUAUCCUAUAUGUACUCUAGUUUAUUCGAAGUAUCCCAAUGGUGUAACGCCGUCGACUUAUUGGGAAAAAGGAGGAAAAGAACUUUGAUCUCCUGUUUCGGAGAUAUAAGUGGCUCACGAGGAAUGGAAAGAAACAUAUUCUAUUUGAUCUCGAAGUCCUCAUAUAGCACUUCUUCCAAUCCUGGAUGGGGGAUCACUUGUAGGAAUGACAUAAUACUAAUCCAUGUUCUACACGGCCAAGGAAGCAUCAUUUUUUAAUCUCAUUAUGAAGCGGAAACUACAAGAAAACUUUCUAACAAAUGAAAAA